UUCAGACAACAAGAAUAAAUGGUUGCAAUUAUCCUGUGCCUUUUAGUCAAGAAAUAGAUGUAAAAAAUGUUCAUUUAAUUGGACCUGGAAAUCAACCACCAAAGAUAACAGAAAACCUUUUAACAAAAGAUUGAAAAUGAGGUGAAAUAGUAAGAGGAAAGGAAGUAAAUUGACUCGACCACAGGAGCAUAUCCUGGAAAGAUUAGAAAUGACCAGGAUUGUCUUCCCCUGUGACCACCCAUACUGGUGGAUAAUCAAGGACAAGCUGAUUUCACUGAGAAAUGACUGUUUACAGCACCAUCUGGACAUGCAGUCGCUGGCCGUUAGACAUCAGUCCAUGGUAGAUUUUAGUAAAGAUUGCAGUGACAGACCUCCUAAGCCCUGGUACAAGACCCUGUUUGCUGGUCUGUGCAAGUACUUUGACCAGGCUGCUCAUGUCGCUGAAUUGCCGACGUUCCUCGUUGAGACUUUUCCGGCCAUCAUAGAUCUGGCGUUGGAAAUAGAAAUAUUGCUCCCCACUGAAGGCAUCAGCAUUAGUUCACAACAGACUGCUGGAAGAAGAGAAAUUUCGAGACCAUUAUGUUGGUCAAUAGUUGCCUGUGCGUUUCUUUGCCUAUUCCCGAAUGAAGAGCGUGGAUUUCAAGCAAAACUGGGUACAAUCAACUUCAACAAGUUCUUUCACUUCCUGCCCAUGCCGUCACAGUGUGCCAAGCUGCAGUGUAUUUUGACUUUCUUUGAGAGGAUUAAGGCAGAGAGGGACAGACUCCCUGGUUGUGUUGUCUUUGCCAGACAGGUGAUCAAGCCUGAAGAGUUGCCUACCCUGGAUACUUGGCUCAACUGCUCCAGCCCCCUGUGUCCAGUGGUGGUCCACGAGGAGGGGCUCAUAGAGGACGCAGGCUGUCAUACCAUUGAGGUGGAUUUCGCUAACCGCCAUGUGGGAGGUGGUGUUCUAAACAAAGGUCGGGUACAAGAAGAAAUACGUUUCACUGUGUGCCCAGAACUUCUUGUCUCGAUUCUAUUUAUGGAAGAAAUGGCCGAGAACGAGGCUAUCAUUAUCAGCGGCUUUGGUCAGUUUUCUGUGACAUGCGGUUACGCAGCGGGGCUGGUGUUUGUGAGCAUGUACAAGGAUGAUGCGAAGACUGAUGAGCAUGGUAACCUGUUGCGGACCCUGUGUGCGAUAGACGCGGUGUCCUACCGGGCAGAUGACCGCUGGGGGAGUGGAGAGGGUGUGGUCGGUAGGCAGUACAUGGACAGAUGGGUGCUACGAGACCUCAACAAGGCUUUUGUUGGUUUCUGUACUCCAUUCACCAUACCUGAAGAAACCAGCCCAUUGCCAGAAGAGCACUAUUUCACUCCUGAUGGGUCUGUUCACGCAGAACCACAUCUAGAUGUCUACGAACAGUUUGCUGAGAAUUUACUAGCGUCAGUCUUCCCUCAAAGCCUUGCCAGGGCCUCCAGGCAUGUUCAUGACAGAGACUCGAGCACAGCUACAGGCCAUGAUUCAGUCUCACUCAACAGCAUGGAGUCUCUGUCCCACGAUUGCGCACACAGCCAGCGUCACUCCAGCAUGGACCACCUGGACGUGGGAUUCCGAGAGUGGUAUAACCAGUACCGGCGACGGAGCUCAAACUUGAGUGAUCUCAGCUCAAGGCGGAGUAGUUACGACCUGGCGUCUCGACGCAGCAGCGGGUGUAGCCAACGAGGCUACAGCUCGGAGCUCAGCUGCUCAGAUUUUGAGGAGUAUAACGAGAAUAGUUUGCAGAAUCAGGACCAGCGGUUUAAAUAUCAUACAAUCAAGGAAGAGGGCGGUUCUUCUACCGUGUUGGAAUUCGCGGCCAGUUUGGCCGCAUGCCUGGUACGUGCAGGGACAAUGGAGGCUGUGGUUAGGAGUCCUUCACCUCACGGUUACCCAGUGGAUUUUCUACAAGAUGGCAAAGGUUACAAGAGACCUGCCGCUUUCCGUCUUUCUUCAGUAAGCGCACCUGAUACUCUAGUAAACCCGAGCGAGGAAGAGCCAGAUUUCCAAAUGAAUGAGGGAUGUGUUCGGAAUUACGUGCAUAAUUUGUUUAGCGAAGUCUGGCCGUUUCCAAGUGAGGAAGACUUUGAGUACAGCACUAGCCUUUGCAAUGAGGUCAGGAAGGAGAUUCAAAAAGGUUGUGCUAUGAGUUCAAGUUUAAUUGGGGUCAGUCGUGCGGAACCUUUGGUUACUAGUGAUGAUGUUGAUAGCAGCAAUCCAGUUGAAUGUCAGUAUGAUGCUUUAAAUGAUAGUUUUUCUGUUGUCUGUGAAUAUAAUGGUGCUAAAAACUCUGAAGUUGAUGAACAAAUUUUGUUGGCUGUGGCUGAUAGAAUAGUUUCAAUUGCUUUUCAAGAAGCUCUUAUUGACUAUAGGUGUACGUUGAGUGUUCAAAACUCUCACAUGUUUCAGUGUGUUUCUGAAAGUAGCCAAUCCGAUCAUUCCAUGGAUGUGCGGGACCAAUCAGAAUCGAGCUGUAGUGACACCAGUAGCCAAUCAGAGCUGAGGUUACAAAACAAUAUAUAUGCUGAUCCUGCUGAAAUAGUUGCUGAGAAAAUGGUUUCAGGACUUUUUGGCAAGAACCAACCUGUGACAGCAAAAGCAGAUUCAAAAUCUGAUGACAUGCAUAUGUCCAAUAGGGAUUCAUGUAUAAAAUACAGUGAUUUGAAAAUUGACCAAUCAGAAUCUGGGUGUCAUAUAGAAGUAGGUUUGGACAGCCAAUCAGUAUCUGUGUUACAAACAUCUGACUGUGAUAUUAUUGAGAAGGCUGAUAUUGAUAGCACAAUUCCGUUCAAACAUUCCAGCCAGGUUAGUGAUAACUUAACAGAAAACCAACGAGAAAUCUAUAACAAAAUUGCAGACAGAAUUUUAAUGGGCGGACUUUGUUUCACUAGUGCAAAAAAUUUACCAAAGUGCAAUCUAGGAAGAUCUGGCUCAACGCCAAGUUCAAAUGCUCUCAAUUCACAGCCAUCAUACCCAGUUGAUCAUCCAAGAUUUGAUAAAAAAUCUGCUAGUCAUGAUGAAUCAAAAUUCGGAUUAAGCGUUGAUAUUGAUGACUCGUAUGUUCAGAACAGUUCCUCCUCCUCAUGCCAUUCAUUUUCUCAUGAAUAUUUGACAGGCAGUGAUGGGACACGAUCAAAGAUUGUGACCCAAAGACUUGAAGACAGUUCACAAGGAUUGCGACCACCUGACAUCAGUCAACCACCAACAAAUACAUAUGUGAAUAGUAACUUAUUGACAGUAAAAAGAGGAAAAAAUAUUGAGAACAAAAACACGAGCAAAUCAUCUCAAAGGAAAAGUGCAUCAUCUGAAACGUCAAGAAGUAAACAGUCGAGUUCGAGCCUUGAAACUUCAAGCUCAGCCUCAGAUAGCUCUUCCAAACUCGGUGCUGUAGGGGGUGUACCUAAAUCGCAGCUACCCGCCAAUACUUGCAAAACCUCGCAGCAUAUUUGCGCGAAAGUAAAAAUACAAAAGUCGCAAAGCAAAGUGAAAUCCAAACCCAGUUACCCGUUUCUGACGGGAAAUAAGAAGAACUAUGAUCAGUUUGCGAACAGCCUGUCUCGCGAUCUAUUGACCAAUGCGUUCCUACAGGUACAAGAGCAUCAGGAGCUUGUAUCGUACCCACGGAGGAGUAGCGAGCCCAUGCAGAUCUCAAAUGAUGCGGCACUGCGGCGGCUUGAACAUUCCAUCAAUCACAGAAACGGUCCCCAAGGACAGAAGAGCAAGACAGAUGAAGACAUCUCACAGAUGGACUGGGACGUCUCUCAACAGUUCAACAACCGUCCCUCAUGUGGCUUCAGGGACCCUGUGCUUUCCAGAUUUGCUGAGGAGCUAAUGAAAGUUGAUGUAUCAGUGCCGCCGUUGAAACUUCUUGGUGCUGACGCCGUUAGCGUCAGUAGCUCCAGCCAGUCGGUUUGCAGCACCUUUAGCUCAUUUAGAGACCCAUUACUGGCCUCAUUCGAGGAAGAAUUGCUUGGUUCCAGUGGAAAGUCCUCCUGUGGUGCUAAAACAAAGACGUCUUGGUCAAACAUGAAAAAUAUACCUGUGGUCUCCUCACGGCACGUUGGCAUCAAUUGGAAUCACCAGGAAAGUAACCAGAAAGGCCAAGGAAGUGCGAGAAGUAACCAGGGAGGAAAUUUGAAAAGCCUUAAUAGCAACAUUGGAGGAAAAAGUAACAAUAAUGAAAUGAGUGCAAGCAAAAUGCAUAAGGUUGCCAACAAUGUCUCGAGAAAUGGUAAAACAAUCGUCACAUCGUCUUGUUCAAUGCACAAUGACAUUAGCAGUUCUAUUUUUCAUUCCGUUUCUGAUCUGGCAGGUUCUUUGGCCAUGACAAUUCUGUGUGAAGCUGUAUCGUUAGCAGCCAAUGGUAAUUCCAGUGACUCUCAAUGCUGGUUAAUUAAAGUCAAUGUGUACGGAGAGAUUCUUGCAAAAAACGUUCUGGAUGCAGCCAUGGAGGCUCUGAGAAGUGUGAAGUUUGUUGGAGAUGUGGACCAGGGCAACAAGAUCGUGUCUUGGUGCGAAGAAACUGAUGGCAAAGAUAGAACAAAAAAAGAGAAUGGCCAGAGACAAAUGGACAGGGAAGGCAGUUGUUCUGAGUCUACGCCUAGUUCCGGGGAUUACGAGGACGCCUAUGACUUGCCAUAUCGUCAACUUGAGGAAUUUGCGGACGUGCUCGCAUCUAAAGUUCUCAUCAACUCUGUGGCCAUUACCAGACGUGAGCACAUGAGUAACCUUAGGCGGAAACACGGACGUCCCAUCACUACGGGGAACUGGGGGUGUGGUGCGUUUGGUGGGGAUCCCCACCUGAAGUCCCUGAUACAGUGGAUGGCGGCCAGCUAUGCUGGAUGUCCAUGCAUGCUUUACUACACCUUCCAAAACCAAAAAAUGGACAGGUUUCAAGAGGUGGCAGACAUCAUUAUACAGAGAGGAUGGGACGUGUCCAAACUAAUGCAGGUGGUACGCAGGUACUGCAUGACCACGAACGAUGAAAUCGACACUUUCGGCCAACCCACUAGGGAGCUGUUCGAUGUAAUUCUUCAAGGCGAGAUUUUUCCUAAUGUGUGAAUUUGUGUGUGUGUUUCAAGGUUUAAAGUCUUUCAAGCCCUAAGGCUGCAUUGUGUAAGAACUUGUGUGAAUUUAUGGGUGGUUAAAUCAGUUUUGUUUCACCCCAGUUUUUCCUGAAGCCUGAUGGAUAGUUGAAACUGUUCAAUAACUGUAAUUGAAUCACUCAGGAGACAUGUGACAGUUAGUAGGCUGGAGCUGUAUCAAUGGAAGUAUAAGCUGAACACGGGGCCUGGAGUGUUCAAAAGCAUGAUGGACAAUUGAAAUUGUUCCUUAACUGUAAUUGAAUGUCAUUCCACCUUUGAUAUAGGGUGGUAUGCUGGUAUAUUCUCACUGCGAAGAACAAGACCUGUGAGCCACAUUCUGAAACAUUUUGAUGUCGUACUUGUUCAGGGCGUGCAUAUUAUUUGGUAGAAAAAUCAGUUUUUGUUUAACUCAUAUCGUCUUUAAACAAUGGACCAGUAACAGAAUGAAGCUCCAUGAUUGAUUUGUGGGCAUGUUGAAAGCUGCAUAUUACCAGAAUUUUACCAGUCAAAUUUCCGUUAAUAAAUAUGGGUACUGGUAAUAAGUAUGGGUACCGGUAAUAAGAGAUCCAUCACUUCAUGGGUUAGUACCUGUUUCAGCCCUCAUGUAUGUUUUUGUUUAAAGAUAGGAUCAUCUUUUGUUCAUUAAAGAAGUGAAAUGUUAAAAGUCUAUUGAGUUCUAUAGUAUGAUAUUAAUGUUUUUUUGUACUUGAAAUGUUUAAAUAGAGAUGUCAAAUCAUGCCAUUUUUGAUUGUGUACCUUAAAAGUGUUUGUUGGAUUAUGAACAAAGAGUCACUAGAUAUGAUUGAUUUGCUUUUGUACCUCGCUGCAUGUGGUACAAAUGGAUAGACAAUUUUGUGAGUGCUACAUCACUGUGUAAUUUGAGUCAUCAUCUUAUUGAGUCAAAUUUUGUUAUGCAAAGAUUCCUGUGAAAAUGAUAUUUCUAUUUUUAUGUUCUUUUAGUCUUUAGUACUUAAAUAUGUAUAGUUUCUUAAUUUAGCAUAAUCUUGUUGAAAAACAUAUUUUUGCACAAUGCAAUCAAGUUUUUAAUAUCCGUAUUUGUGAUAUUUUAGUUGCUAUUAUUUUUAGGUAUCCGGUUUGAUCCUUUUUAAAGUUGGAUUGCAUUGAAUUUUACUAUGCUUAAGAAGAGACAUACAAUUAAGAGUGUCAAGUUGUGUUAACUAAUUAAUGGUAUAGCCUUUUGCUGUUAAAGAUUAAUAUUCCAUAUGAAAAAAAAUAAAAAAAUAUUAGCUUUUAAAAGUAGAUUUUUUUAAUGUUUAUAUUUGUAUUAUAUGUUGACUAUAAUGAAUAAAAAUGUCAUCAACAAAAACUCACAAGGUUUAGUAUGAACGUUUAAUACCCCUCGGCUUUAUUGCCUUUUUUAAGGUAAUAAAAAAUAUAGGGGACAUUAUGUCACAUGUCUUUUUUUAGUAUUGAUUGGAUAAUAUAAAUCACAAACAUUCUAAUGUUUACCACAUGUUAUACCUUGUUACAGAUAUUACAUGUAUUAUUUACACUGUAAGUAUAUCUCAACGACUACUUGAUUACUUAGGGUGUAUGGAAAAUACACCAGAUGCAUGUGACCACUCUAAGACAAUCGGAUUAGGUUAUUAUUGUUGGAGGUGAGAUAUACCUUCAUUACUUUUUGUAUUAGAGAUAUGUUUAUUUUUGUUAUGUUUGCACAGGAAAAUCUAAAUUUUUAUUGGCUAAUUAUUUUUGACAUGUUAAAAAAUCAAAACUCCUGUAAAAUUUUAGAAAAACAUGGGGUAUUACAAAAACUGGUUUUUAAAAUGUAUAUACCUUUAUAACAAGUCAUGUACACAUAAUGUUUAAAUUACCCCUACUGCAGUGAAUAAAUGGUUGUUUUGAUAACUUUUGAUUAUUUCCAUUCUAUAAAUCAUCAUUUGUUAUCUGUAUACCCUUGUCUUUGGUUGGUUUUAUGUAGUCAAUUCUUUGUAAAAAACAAUUGAGUUGUUUAUUUGUCAAAAGGCAUUUAAUGCAAUGUGAUUUAAUGACUGUUGCAUAUAGACAUUUAUUUACAUAAAAUCAUGUAACAGUUAAUUAUACAGUAUUUUAUUGCUUUGUGUAAAUAAAUUUUCUGCAGGUCUAUAAAAAAGUAGAAUACAAAUCAGUUACCCUUUAUUUCAUAAUUGUUUACUAUUCAUAUGUUAUAUAUAUUUCUCUUCAAAAGAUGUUUUGUAUUGUCUUUUGUAUAUUUCAUUUUUUCGCAGUAUUAAAACUUCUUGUUUUGCUAUUCAAUUACCGGUAUAGUAGUCUGUUGAAUUGUCAUCUGCUUUGAAAAAGACAUAUUAAUGUUCUCAACGUUUAACACACUUCUAAAGAAAACCAGUCAGUGAUGUUUUUUAAUUAUUGUGUAUAUACCGGUAUUGCUUUUGUUAAUAAUAUAAAUUAUAUUUCAAUAGUGUUGAAUUUAAAAAUAAUGAAAAAUGCAUCUGUUUUUCCAUGAUGCACAUAACAUAAUUUUUCUGUGAGAAGGUCCCUUAAAAUAUUAUACUGAAAGAAUUGCAAUCCAAUCUGUUAAACUUUCUUUAUUUUUAAAUCAGAAUGUUAAAGUUUUCUUCUUUGAUUUUGAUCUUAACCAUUCACAUUUGUUUAUGUUCUCUUAAUUAAAAUGAACAAAAAAAUGGUAUUUUGUAUUUAGAACAUACCAUUUUGUGCAUUUUUUGAUCCAAUUUAAGGACAGCAUUGGAUCAUCUUUUGUUUUACAUGAAUCUUCACCCAAUUUUUUAUGAAAGCAAAUUAAAAUAAAAUGUAUUAAAGGUGAA